AUGCCAACUACGAUGCUGGCGAAACAUCUGGGAAUGUACCACGUCCACGACGAAGAAAAUAUUGGCGGUUUGGUUCAGGCUGGAACUCAUGGUGUUUUUACGCCACUUCCCGUCCUCGGCCCCCAGCACGUUUCAGGCAAUACUUCCGCCGGACAUUACCAUCCUGCCUCUGCUGUUGGAGUCUCAUACACUGGUGGUUUGGCCUACCCACGUGGCUUCUCCCAGCCUCUGCCUAAGCAACAAAACGAUUCUGGAUGCACUAAUGCCGACACAAAUUAUCCGCAGCAAGCGCAUAUUUCACGUCCUCUGCAUCCUAACUUAGUGAGAACUGGCGGCCUUGUGUCCAACCCCUCAGGUGUAAGUGGUACCAGUUUGAAGCACCAACAAAAUCAGCGCCCUGAAUCUCAGAUACGAUAUCCUCCGGCGCCCGGCCAAUAUCCAGGUUACCAGCAUCAGCAGCGCCCUUGUUCCGCCAUU